ACGUGUCAAAAGGGGAGGGAGGGGGCGGCGACAAAUCGCAGACAGCGCGCAGAUGGGCAGAGACGGCGGGAGUCCGCCGAGCAGGGUGAAACGGGAGGAGGGCAGCGAGAAGUCAUGGACGGUGUAUCGAGGUGACGGGGCAGCGGGAAACCGCCGAACAAGGCGAAAGGGCGACAGACAGCGAAAACUCGCUGCGAGGCUGUCACUGUUCCUAGCGGCGAGAAUCCGCCGAGUCCGCCAUUACAAGACGGUGUCGGGCAGCGAGGACCCGCCGAGACCAGCGAAAAUGGCCCAUGGGAGUCAGCGAAAAGUCGCAGUGGCAAGGUCUCAAUAAGGAAGAAUCAGCAGGUUCC